GCAGAAUACACCAUUCGGGCGGGUGCGGACGUUAAACCCUCGCCCCUGGAUCAAUGCCCACAGUUACCCGUGGCUCCAACUCACCAACUCACCGCCUGCGCCCCAAUCUGAAGCGAGGUUCAUGGGAGAGGGCGGGGGUAAGACCUCCCUCCCCUAACCCAAGUCACUGCCCCGAGUUGACAGUCGCAAACGGCACAGCAGGGUUAUAGAUUUUCAGUGGGGAAGGCCGAUAAUCCUUGCACCUCGCGUACUCAAAUUCAUUAAGACUCUCGCACUAGGCAGAAAUAAUGGAUACGCAUUUCAUUGCCAUGUUCCAUGUAAUAAUCGAUUAGGCGAAUUCGGCAAAGCGGUGGGGGAUGGUUAUUAGUAUAUCAUGUAGGACGGUAUGCGUCCAGGUACAUACACAGCGGAGAACAAGUUCAGUCGCAAAUAAAUAAGGCG